AAUCUCAUCCACAAAAUUUACCUUUGAACUGCUCUCCAAAGUCUCAAUCUUCAAUCCUUCUCCAACUUGUUGGUCAUAUAUAUAUAGUACUUUAUACAUAACAAAGAAAACCCACUGUUAGCUCGAGAAUUUUGAUUAAGAAUUAAUAUAUUUAUUGCAACCUUUUAUUGGUCUAAAAGAACUUAUUUGACUUCCAAAUUGAAACCUCUGCUAGGCAUUUGAACAGUUUGUAUAAAUUUGAUACUUACAAAAACAUCCUAUAAAUCUACAUUCUGUUCUUUGAUUUCUUUGUCAAGAAUCUGUCUGAAGUAUAUGGCUUCAGCUUCUACAUCUCAAGGUAGUCUCCUACUUCAGAAACAACUCAAAGAUCUCUGUAAAAAACCAGUUGAUGGAUUUUCAGCUGGUUUGGUUGAUGAAAGCAACUUAUUCGAAUGGAGUGUCACCAUUAUUGGACCCCCGGAAACUUUAUAUGACGGGGGUUUCUUUAAUGCUAUCAUGAGCUUUCCUCAAAAUUAUCCCAACAGUCCACCAACUGUUAAAUUUACCUCGGAGGUCUGGCAUCCUAAUGUUUACUCUGAUGGAAAGGUUUGCAUCUCAAUCCUUCACCCCCCUGGUGAUGAUCCAAAUGGCUAUGAGCUUGCUAGUGAGCGUUGGUCUCCCGUCCAUACGGUGGAGAGCAUAAUGUUAAGCAUCAUAUCAAUGCUUUCAAGUCCUAAUGAUGAGUCUCCUGCUAAUGUCGAAGCAGCUAAGGAAUGGAGAGACAACAGAGAUGAAUUCAAAAGAAAGGUUAGUCGUUGUGUAAGACGGUCCCAAGAAAUGACAUAAAGACACAAAUGCCAAAAAACAAACUUCAUUCAUCGUCAUCAGCUGUUGAUCGAUACAAAUGUAGAAUCGUUGUCAAGGUUAUAUCUUUCUGUAUUAUUACGCGUUUCUUUUUUGCGACUUCAGUCAUUGUUUGCAUUUUUUGAGGUUCUUGCCAUUGAGUGAGAUUUAUUUUAUAGCUCUUAAUGUUUGACUGCUGGCCUUUCUGUCUCUGUAUUUUCCUUGUAGUCUACUAGAUGUUAACUGCAUAAUGUACAUCUCAGAAAUGAGCUAAAUGUUAGAGAACUGAUUAUUUGUUUCUUGAAGAA